AUGCUUUGUUUAUCUUGUCUUUUACCUGGAAAACUUGGAAAAUCUGUCAGAAAGAUUGCAACACUAGUUUUUGGUGUAGUUCUAGUCUAUGCUGUUUGCUGGGCACUGAUUCUCAAGGGCUUGGAUUUCAAAAUGCAAGGAGCCAAUCUUGCUGAUCAAAAGCUAGUUUUAGAUUUUUUGGUAAAGAAUAAUUCAUUUGGAGACAUUACCUUGAAAAACUUGGAUUUUUACAAUAAUGAAGAUGAGAAAGUUAAUAAGAAAACCGAUGAUUUGCCAUUGUUGAUUAAAAAGUUUUCUGCGGAGCCACUUAAAAUCGGGUUUUCACUUGAUGAGUAUAAAUCAGUUGAGCUGACAGUUAGAAUUUUGGGACUACAGAAAAAAUUUAAAACAAAAAUAAAUGAAAAAAGAUAA